CUGCUCUGUCAAUUGAUGCUUCGUUGAGAGUUGCAUAUUCAUCUUUACUUUGUAUUGUCUGCUGUAUUUUCUUGCUGAGCAUCAGCAACGGACCUCACAACCCUCCAUGCUUGAUACCGGUAGCACUAGUGCGGUCGGGUCCACCGCCAUCUCCAUGAGGGACCGACUGCUUCAGAGUAUGCCAGGGCCUCAACAGGUCUUGAAAGCUAUAACUGGAUCAUUGGGUGUCUCGUCGCUUUCGGUUUCAGAUUAUAGUUCGUCCGAAGCAACCUUCCGGCAAUGUCCUUCCUCCGAAGUGAGCUGCAAGGCUCAGUACCAUGGCCAGGAUACCUGCUGCUUCAACUACCCCGGCGGACAGAUGCUCCAGACGCAAUUCUGGGAUGCUGAUCCAGCCAUUGGGCCAGCAGAUUCCUGGACUAUCCAUGGACUCUGGCCCGACCAUUGCAACGGCGGCUUCGAUCAGUACUGUGACUCCGGGAGACGGUACAGCAAUAUCUCGUUGAUCCUGGUUGAUUCUGGUCGGGGGGAUCUACUAGACUAUAUGAGCGACUUCUGGAAGGACUUCAGGGGCGAUGAUGCGAAUCUCUGGGAGCAUGAGUGGAACAAGCACGGCACUUGUGUCAGCACGCUAGAGACUCACUGCUACACCGACUACUACCCACAGCAAGAGGUUGUGGACUACUUCGACCGGACAGUCGAAGUCUUCAGAACCCUGCCUACCUACGAGACACUCGCCAAAGCCGGCAUUACCCCCUCCUACACGCAAACCUACACUCGCGAUGAGAUUGUCAAUGCCCUCUCCAAGGCUCAUGGUGCCGAGGUGACAGUCCGGUGUCGACACCAGGCUAUCAACGAAGUCUGGUACUACUUCAACAUCGCCGGGCCACUGCAGACGGGCAAAUUCGUCCCAUCUGACCCAGAUGGCCAAACAUCCAACUGCCCCCGCAGCGGCAUCCACUACAUUCCCAAGACUCCCCGAAACGGUCACGAGCCAACCAAGACAUCCCGCGGACCUGCUGAGCCGACCGCACCGAGCGCACCCUUUUCAGGAAAAGGGAACCUAAUGAUCUCAACUAACGGUCAGAAGCGAGGCUGCAUCAUUAGCCACGGCGCGUGGUUCACCUCGGGAACCUGUGCGACUUUCACGGCCACUAAGGCGUCUGAUGACACAGUCACCCUAAAAUCCAGCAAGGGGGACUGCGGGUUCUCGCACGAUGUCUUCACCUGCGGCGGAUUCAUCCGGUCCCCGACUCAAUUUACUGUCGAAGACGGCAUGCUCGCCUACAACGACAACACAACCUUCUUCGCAGACAAGGCGCCCAAAGGGCCAACGAAGAGCAAAGUCUUCGCAACUCAAGACGACCAUCCUCUCGAGCUAUCCAUCACAUGGAGAGAGGCUUGAUCCCAAUUUCUUUCGCUUUCUCUCCUCAGUCAUUUUACCAUAUACAGCAUCUAAACGCAUAUAGAAUCAUACAUGUCUCCAUAUAUUUCUGCAUUUAUACAAUACUAUUUACAUAGUCGAAUUUACUUCACGACACCACACUUCCUAUGCAUUGAAUGGAAUAAACCCACAGAACUAUAGAAAAAUUAGAGAUCCAUU